AACGCCGCACUCAGUUUGAGUUCACGUGGCGUGCUGUCGGGUCACCUCCGCUAUCUCAGGGGCGGGUUUUCUCACUCACAGAAAUUCGUCGAAUAUAUUUUAGAAUUGGAGAGAGAAGGAAAAGGGUUUUAUUUAGAGGGGAAAAAGUGUAAAUAGACUCGCUUCUCCUGUGGUGUGUUUCUGCGCUCGAUUGUCGCUCGUUCGGAUAACAGACGCGGUUUAUCCAUCAUGGUCGCCAAAAAUUACCUGCGAGUGCUUGUGGUGCUGUGUGCAUGCGCCGUUUCCUUCCAAGCCACCAUCGGGGACGGAAGGAUCAGCCUAUAUACUGGGAGACCAAUUAACCAUUCGUCCAGACGAGGUUCCUGCUACGUGGACGGAAGGUACUACCCGAGCGAGACCGCCAUCCCUCGCGACCAUCCCUGCCACUACUGCAUCUGCUAUCAGAGCCAGGUUACGUGUUACUGGAAGCAGUGUGCCGCCGCCCCGAAGGACUGCGCCAUCCUACACUUCGAGAACACUUGUAACCCAUCUCUGUACAUGUGCAAGAUCCCGACGAAGGCGAAGUCGGCGCCAGAGAGAGAGUUCGGCGCACGACUGAACAAACUGCGCAGGCGUCGACUCAUUCGCGAAGCCACGCCCACUUCCUCCCUGCGCCUACCUGUCGACGAGCCUUUCCCGAUCCAGUUCGACGCCGCCUUCGUGUCCCGAGUCGAGAGGUCGUUGCGCGUCCGCCGAGCAGUAAACGGCUCCCACGACCACCACCACGACCCCGACGACAAGUCCUGCAUGAUUCUUGGGGUCAAGUACAACCUGGGAGAGGUCAUAGGAGUUGCAUCAGACGUGUGCAUGGAGUGUCGCUGCGCCGCUGGCAACAUGUACUGCUCUCCCAAGUGUUGCUUCCUCCCCUCCCCCUUCAGCCUGACCGCCCAGCACCACCAGGAGUUCUCGACGAGGCCCCAGGAAGCACCCGCGCCCCAUCCGCUCUCCUACGUCAGGAACCAGUACACAGAGGGAACGUUUCUGUAGAGGGAGGAUUCGCCGCUUCUCUCGUGUCUGCUGUUUCUGCGCUGAAGGAUGGGGCAAGGAAAAGGGAGGGGGGGUUGUGCAUGGGAGAGGGGGAGAGGGUGAGAGGGAGAGAGAGGGAGAGAGGGUGAGAGGGAGAGAGAGGGAGAGAGGGUGAGAUGGAGUGAGGGUGAGAGAGAGAGGGAGAGAAAGAGAUGGAGAGAGAGAGAGAGAGAGAGAGAUGAAAAGUAGAAAGAGCACGUGAGAGAGAAAAUAAAAUGAAACAGAACACCACAAAGACCAACAAGCACAACAGCGCAAAGAAAAGGAAAAAAAAUAACAGAGACGAAGGCACAGAGAGAGAAAGCGAAAGAGAGAGAGAGAGAAAGGGGUAUCUCGCAAAAGAAAGAGAGAGAGAGAAAAAAAAAAUAAAAAUCCCUAUGGCAAGUGAGGACCUCUCUCUCCCUCUCUCAACGCAUGACUCGUCCACAUACAUCCCCGGAAGCAAGGACUCAGCCCAGCUUCCUUACAGGUGUUGUAGGAUGACUCACGGCGUUGCAUGGACUCAGUCGGGGGAAAGGGAAAAAGCUAACACUAGAAAGCUUAAGUAGAGCUAAAUAACGCAGUCGACGAUAAAAAAGAAAAGGGAAGGAGAAAGCUGAAAAAAAACAUGAUUUUUGUUUCUAACUCUCGAUCUUGAACGAAACUUUUUUUCGUUUCUAACAAAGAUUUCUAUGUAAGUUUUCCUCGUCUGUAAUUCAGAUAUCUAAGAAAGCUUCCUUAGAUGCGUAAAUAAACUUCCCCGUCAGUAAUUCAGACGUCUAAGUAAACUUUUCUGUGUCUGAAUCAGAAUUUCUAAGUAAACUUCCUCGUGUCUAAUUCAGAAUUUCUAAGUAAACUUCCUGAUUUUUGUUUUUUUUAGAUAGCCUUUGACCCCCCCCCCCCAAGGAGUUUCUAAGAAGCUGUCUAUCGGGGUUGUACCUAACCCUACUAACCUCAUGACCCAGUUAGGAAGAUGAACCUAGGUCACGUGACUGAGGGAAACCGGGUCAUUUUCAUACAGAGAGGAAAAGCAGAUAAUUAUUUUCGCUAAGCUUUAACACCCAUAUCUUUUAGCCUGUGAUGUAUUGUGUAAUAUAUAGUAUGUGUCAGAUAAAGAGAGAUCGAGUAACUAAUAAUUAGAAAAAGAAAUGUAUUAUGAUAAUUUUAUAUAUAUAUCUAUGACUGGCUUUAACGUCUAACUCAAAAGUGCCAUUAUUAAGCUAUAUAAAGAAAUAUUCUGUAACGGAAAAUAACUGUUUAAUGAGAUUGUAUGUGUGCGUGCGAUCAUCACCAUAUGUUUUGUUAUGCAUGAGAAAGCAUUACACAUUACGCUGUACAGAAGAGCUUUAUUUUCACUGAUUGUUAGAAUUGAAGAAGAACAGACAGCUGACAGAUAAAAAAGAUAAGUGUAAUAAAUUAUUAGUAAUAUUGCCUCGGUAGUUAUUAUAUGAAAACCACGAGAUGAAUGAAGUCACGUUGGGACUCGAACAGUAUUUGACAUCAUACAAGAAAAAAAAUAUAUAUAUAUAUAUAUGUACAAUCGAUCUUGCAAAGGAAACCUUUCGUUCGUGGAACAACAGAGCUCUGAGAUCCAAUUUUCUAAUUAGAUCCUCAGUUCACGCCAUUCUCUCUGAACAAAUGAUCAGAUAUUUUGUAUUUUGUGACCUUCCUUGAAAGACAUAAUGGAAUAACAUAAUUAGUGACUAUUACACAAACUAUUCUCAUUAACUUAGAUAUGUAUAAUCAUUGUGUGUAUGUAAACUCUGUAACAUUGUAUGUUUGUUGUUAUUUGCAUUUAUAUAAGUAAGUUUGUAAAUAUGUACCUUGUGCAUUUCCAUAAUUAUACCAAAGAAAUUGUA